GCCAGGAGGGGGAGCCGCGUCCUCGGGUUCCAGGAGAAACUCAAACAAGGAGCCCUGCCACACGCACACAGAGGAAGCUCCUGCCGCUCCACGGCCCACCUCUGCCUCCAGAGCUACGGCGACCCAGACACCCAAUCCGGGCGAUGCUGCCCAGCGCGGCGAGACCAGCAGAGCAUCUGGGGCGGGGGCGUCGGCGGCAGCGGUCGCGUUAGAGGUUUUGACCGCGGCAGCAAGUGAUGGUUGCAAAAGCGUCGCUGCAAAUUCCAGCAUGAAAUGCAACAAAAACGGAGAAUGCAGGAGGGACUCGGGUACCGGGAGCCUGCGCUCAAUCAUCUCCAAGCAGGAGAGGCAGACAGGAGGGUCGGGGAGGGCCGAGGACGGAGGGAGCGCCAAGCGAGGAGCCCGUAACUCGACCACCGCCAGCAUGGACGGCUCGAUCACACCAGGCGGGUCCAUGACCGGGGGGCACGGAGGAGACAGCGUCAACCCCGGCUCUACCCCGGUGACCAGCGGUUUGCCCGAGAAAAAAGACUCCAGGGUGUCCUUCUCUAACGCACCGAGCCGGAAAGCCUCGUCCUCGCUGCACGGCCCGACUCAGACCCAGACCCAGCAGCCGAGGAACUCUGUCACUUUCCAGAAGCUGGAGGAUGGACCCCCAAUCGUGCCGGCCGAGGACUCGGAGCCUCAGGACAGCCAAGCCAGCUUCAUGCAGCGGCAGUUUAGUAGUAUGCUGCAGCCUGGAGUUAACAAAUUCUCCUUACGCUUGUAUGGUAGUCAAAAAGCAGUGGAGAGAGAGCAGGAGAGGGUAAAAUCAGCUGGAAAUUGGAUUAUCCACCCUUACAGCGAUUUCAGGUUCUACUGGGAUUUCACAAUGCUGCUGUUUAUGGGGUGCAACCUGAUCAUCAUCCCCGUCGGCAUCACCUUCUUCAAGGACGAGACCACGACGCCCUGGAUCAUCUUCAACGUGGUCUCCGACACCUUCUUCCUCAUGGACCUGGUGCUAAACUUUCGCACUGGAAUCAUCAUUGAAGAUAAUUCAGACAUCAUUUUGGACCCUGAAACCAUUAAGAAAAAGUACUUAAAAACGUGGUUCAUUGUAGACUUUGUGUCCUCCAUCCCAGUGGAUUACAUAUUCCUCAUAGUGGAGAAAGGGAUCGACGCAGAGGUGUACAAGACUGCUCGGGCCCUGAGGAUCGUCCGCUUUACCAAGAUCCUAAGUCUUCUGAGGCUGUUGAGGCUCUCUAGAUUAAUACGCUACAUUCACCAAUGGGAAGAGAUCUUCCACAUGACCUAUGACCUGGCUAGUGCGGUGAUGCGGAUCUUUAACCUGAUUGGUAUGAUGCUGCUGUUGUGUCACUGGGACGGUUGCCUACAGUUCUUGGUCCCCAUGCUGCAGGACUUCCCCUCAGACUGCUGGGUGUCCCUCAACAAGAUGGAGAAUGAUACCUGGUCAGAGCUGUAUUCCUUCGCUGUGUUCAAGGCAAUGAGCCACAUGCUGUGCAUCGGUUAUGGCCGUCAGGCCCCGGAGAGUCUCUCAGAUAUCUGGCUCACCAUGCUGAGUAUGAUUGUAGGAGCUACUUGCUAUGCAGUUUUCAUUGGCCAUGCAACAGCUCUUAUCCAGUCCCUGGACUCCUCCAGGCGGCAGUACCAGGAAAAGUACAAACAAGUGGAGCAGUACAUGUCCUUCCAUAAGCUGCCGUCCGACUUCCGACAGAAAAUCCAUGACUACUACGAGCACAGAUACCAGGGCAAGAUGUUUGAUGAGGAGAGCAUUUUGGGAGAACUCAGUGAGCCCCUCAGAGAGGAAAUUGUUAACUUCAACUGUCGCAAGCUGGUGGCGACAAUGCCGCUAUUUGCCAACGCAGAGCCCUACUUUGUGACGGCCAUGUUGACCAAGCUGCGUUUUGAGGUAUUCCAGCCGCAUGAUUACAUAAUAAGGGAAGGCACCAUUGGGAAAAAGAUGUACUUCAUUCAGCACGGAGUCUGCAGCGUCAUCACCAAGGGCACCCUGGCAAUGAAACUCUCUGAUGGCUCUUACUUUGGAGAGAUCUGUUUAUUGACGAGAGGUCGGCGAACGGCCAGUGUGCGAGCAGAGACUUACUGUCGACUCUACUCUCUGUCUGUGGACCACUUCAAUGAGGUGCUGGAAGAAUAUCCCAUGAUGAGACGCGCCUUUGAGACUGUUGCCAUUGACCGUCUAGACCGAAUAGGUAAGAAUAACUCCACCCUGCUGCACAAGGUUCAGCAUGAUCUCAACACUGGUGCCUUGAACAACCAGGAGAACGAGAUGAUCCAGGAGAUCAUCAAGUAUGACCGUGAGAUGGUGAAGCGCGUGGACCUGCAGCGGCCGCGGGCCAUGUCCAUGACUCCCUCCAUCGGCGGUAUCUUUGCCCCCCCCGGCCAGCCUCAGUCAGGCUCUGCCAUCGCCACUCUCCAGCAGGCUGUGGCCAUGAGCUUUUGUCCUCAGAUGGCGAGUCCCCUGGUGGGUCCAUCAACUCUGCAGUCUCCUCGCAUGGUGCGGAGGUUUCAUGUGAUGCAGAGCCUGGCCAGCCCAGUCGCCAUGUCCCCUCUUCAAUCUCAACCCCCUCAGACGCUCGGAGGGGCGUUUGGAUCUGCCAUCUCCAGCCCGCCUGUCCAAAGCCCGCUCGCGGCUUCAGGACGGACUUUCCAGUACAUGGCGAGUGCGGGACCCUCUGGCUCCCAGUUGUCCCUGGUACAGCACCAUGCACCCAGCCCCACUCAUAUCCAGCAGAGGCCUGCCUCACACAAGAGCACCUACUCCCUUCAUGCAAGUAGCUUGAGCCAGGAUACCCGGGCCAGGUCUGCCUCCCAGCUCUCCCUCCCCCAAGAGAAGACAUCACCAGCUGCCUCUGCAGUCCCCAGCCCUCCACAGUCCACCCGCACCUCUAACAACUCCAUUGGUCCCCCUCAGGCCCCUAACCCCAACCUGCCAGGGCCCUCAGGGGUAGGAAGGUCGGCAGCAGCUCAACCGAGGGUGGCGUUUGCCUCCACAGCCCCUCCUGGUGGACCUGCUGGAAUGGGGGCAGUAGCAGCAGCUGCUGGAUCAGGACCUCCAGACUCUGGAGUUCCUAAGAAAGAUUCAAUUGUCAGCCUUCCAGAGCUAGACCCUGCCAGAUCCCGGCUGUCUUCCAACUUGUGACCCUGGUAGGGUUCAGGAAAGAGGCCUUUUUUGUAGGAGAAUCUGUUUGUUUUAGGUCAGUCCAGCUGAUCUGUCAGCCUGCUGAAUGACCACUCAGCUAGCGCCAGCGCCAGCCGUCAUUCGACCAGGAUGCACUGUGUGCUGGCGUCAGCAGAAGGAAAAGAGCAACUCAAAGCCUUGAGACACUUUGGCUAGGAGGAGUCUAUACAAUUAAACUAGUAUAACUUAAGGUGGAACUGGUCUAGAUUACUGUGCCAGCACCUUUAGUCUUAGUAUCAUCCCUUACACUGCUUCCAAACACCUACUGUAUAUCGCUGUCUUUACUGUAAAGAUAUGAAGAAAAGUAUGAUUCAUGUAACUAUUGCAUACUGUGUAGAAUCCAUGCAAUGCAAUCUAGCAGGAGCUGGACUUAAAAAUGAAAAUCAGGGACUUGAAGUCAAAUGACAAUGACAUUUUAAGCGUUCAAAAGUGUUUUGAGUGUAAUUUUUCUGUAUAAGCUGUCGUAGCAAAAGAACACAUUGCUCUUCAUAUUGUUUAAAAUUGUAGUGAAAAUAGUGUUUUAGACCGCUGGUCGAUCUUACAUCGAUGUGUAAAUAGUUGUUGAAAAAAGUAAGGAGGGAUAUUAUAUUAAUUGUAUCUACCCAAACCAAAGUUGAGCUUGAACACAAAGUCUGGUUGUGUCUGUAUCAACUAAAAAAGGAACAUAGAAGAAAUGCCAUUUAUUUAACUGCCUUGAUUCAACGUUAGAAGCCAUAUAUUUGGUUUGUGUGUAUGUAUAUAUGUUGGUGUAAGUUUGUGCGCGUGAGUUUGUUGGUACGUUUUGGUUCUAUUUUCAGAGAAUGGACUCACACACUACACUUUGUCAAGCGCAAUUGUUUUGACAUGCUGACGGUGGCACUGACCUAUUUCCAUGAAACAUCUGGGAGGCGGUCAGCCGUUUGGUCAGCGCACUGAUUGUAACCCUGAAUGCAAAGGUGGUUAAAUAAUCUGAGCUUUAUCGAAGGUAACAUUUGUGAACAACCCAUACUGUAUACUUGCUUGUUUUUGUCUAGGUUUAUUGAUUAACACAUGCAAUAUAAUUCUGCAAUACUCUACCCCGCCUAUAUAUAAAUAUAUAUGAAUAUAAAUAUCAAUACAUAUGCUGUACAGGAACAAUUUCCUUUGUUUUCUUUUUAAUGUGAACUCUUAAAGAAUCCAGCAGUUAUUGUGGCUUCACUUGAAGUAUUGUAAUCCAGUGACCAUGUUGUUACCUUAACCAAAAAUGUUUGAAGGGAAUGAGAGGACGUGCAGUUUCAUUUUUGUAUAGACUGGGCAAACUGCCCAAAACUGGUUUAGAGUCACAGGAGGAAUCCUCAAAAAUGUCACUUUAAUCUCAUUUGAAGAUAUUAAAUUGUAAGAUGACUGGGGGUGGGCAAACUCCCACGAAUGUCACAACAAUUCGAUCUUAAACAAACCUAUUGCUCAAAUUACAGGAUUGCGUUGAGGCUUGGUUUGAUUUGUUCAAAAUAUUCUGAUCCUGUUGAACCUAAAAGCCUCCUCUCGCUGAAUGUAUGCCAUAAGAGAAGGAAGACAGCUAAUCAGAUAUAAACUGCCAUGUAAAUAAAGGGAAAUACAUCUAAAGAGGCUUUUAUGAUGCCAAGGGGUUGUGGGCAUUGCUGUAUGUGCUGCUGAGUGUCUUGGCAAUCUUUUUUGGGUUUGAUGAUGCUUCUAUGGGUAGAAAGUUGUUGUAUUUAACCUGUAUGUUACCCCCCCUCACACACCCAAUCAAAUCCCCACAUCUACCAUAAGAAUAUCAAUUGUUUUUCAUUUAUUGAGGUGGACGUGAACGAGAGCGAGUUGUAACCACUUUGAACUCCUCGGUCCAGAACGAGCACUGAGGACAUGCAGUUAAGCACCUGAUGUUGCACUUCAACCUUGUAAUCAAAAUGAAAAUCGAUUGCUCUAUUCUUUUUAAACGGGUGCAGUACUUCCCCAGGACCCAUUAUCUGGUUAAACUGUAAAGGACGAAAAGUGAAUCUAAUUGGGAAAGAAAACAGGCAGCUGUAUCAAUGUGCUAAACAAACAUUGUGUUCAACUUUUUCAGCUCCGAGCAUCGAGCCCUAGCCAAACUGUGAAAUCAAUGCAAUGGACAUUUCACUCAGGUUGGCUACCUUUCCAGAGGGAUGUAUUGAUCGCCGCAGCAUGGCUCUCUAUUGAUUUAUGUAGACUUAUCCAUCCUCCCAUAAUCAACUUGUUGAUUUAACCGUGCCGAAAGAUUCCCCUUGAAUUUUGAUUGGCGGAGAAACACAUAGGUCUAUUGAAUGGAGACAGAUAGUUAUUAACAAAACUCGCUGCCGUCUAGUUUGAUCCCUUGAGAGCUAUUUAAAUCUUUAGACAAGGUAUAAGUGAUUGUUUUUAUCCAAGGGCUUUAUAAGAUUGCUUGUAAACCCUGGAUCAUUGUCAUUAUGGAGCAUCUACAUUUCCACUUUCCAUUUGAUCAGUAACAUGCACUAAACCUGGUUCAUUGCCAUUCUUGGGUCACAGUGCUGAAGCCCGACCCAUCAGCAAAGCGGGAACUAUGUAUUUAUUUUUUCCUAUGGGAAAGGUUCAUGCCAAAAUGCCAAUAAGAUUGUGAAUGAAUCACGUCCAUUUGAGUCAAUAGCUGUUGUGUGCUUCAAUACUGUUCCAGUGCAAUCAAUUGGUCCUCUUCCCUGUUCCUUUGUGCUAAUACCAGAGUUUGCCCUAUUAAGCUGCUAUCAGGACUGUGCUGAUAUGAUGUGAAUGAGUCCACAGGCAGUGAGAGCAAGAUGGGAGGAGAGUUAAAGAGCUAAUGUUUCAGGCAAUAUCAGGCACCGUCUCUGUUUCAUUGCGUCCAUCCAGUAAGAUACUGUAGUGUGUAAUUCACUCCCACUCAAAGGACGGCAUCCCAGACUCACUUUGAUCAGUACCACUCAGUUUCAACCCGCAGCCAUGAGGCUGAUACAGCCCGGGCCAAGCACAUACUUCUGUCAGUUAUCUGUUUUGUGUCUGUGUCACAAGCGUGUUCAGUCAGUCUGCUUCCAGCCACCGUCAAUGUGUGUGUGUGAUAUAGCGCUGUAUCUGCCUGAUGACGGGGGGGGGGUUCAAAGUGCGAUUGUUUUAAUGGCUCUUCUACUGGACCUUGCUGUGAAGUGGGAUUGAAAUCCCUCAUACAUGUUUGACACUGACUGACAAUUAUUGAGAGUAUCUAAGUUUCAAACCUCUCAUUCUUGCUGUACCAGAUAUUAAGGGUACUGAAUGCCUUGGUGUUGAUAUGUUAGCAAAUCAGGGUAUUCUUUUUGUUGUACUGUAUUUGAUUUAUCGGUAAAUUUGGUUUUAUUGUUGUUUUUGAAAUACCUUGUGCCUAGUAUAUCUAGUUUCCACAUAGUCUAUUUUUGUGGUAUGUAUUUGCCUGUAAAAAUGCAAAUAUCUGUUUUUAUUUUCAACUUGCAAUAUAUGUAAAAAAAAACAAAAAAAACAACAUUAGAUGCAGACUAGUAUUCCUGAAUUUAAAUGACAAUGUCAGUAUAUAUAAUUUUCCCUGAUUUGGGAAACACAAAAUUGCACAUUUUUGUUGGUUUGAGCCUUCCAACACCAUGCGCGCUGUACUCUGUACAUUCAUGUUCUGUACAUAUGGUAUACACACAGAUGUGGGGCACAUUGUCGUGUUUACCGCAACCUGCUGUAUAAGAAACAUUUUCUACAGUGAGAGGGUGAGCUCUGACAGGCUUCUGGUGGAUAUCGGCAGUCUGGACGUUAGCUUAGACGACCUUCGUAGUGCAAAGAAAAGAACAAAUUAAACUGUGGAGACGACUGCACAAUAUAAAUACAGGAAUAAAACUAGACUGUGCACAUGCUGGAACAUCUUUCCCAAACCAUAGUGUUGCACAGGUUGUUGAACUAUAUGCUAGUUGAACAUGGAUCUGGUUUGCCAUUAAAAAAAUAAAAGAUCUCUCUAAGGCUGAAUUUGGCUCACGAGCCACAGCAGUCACAAGCUCGACGCCAGGGUUGAGUUACCUUGUCAGAUAACAGCUGAGUGCAUGCUUGUAUUUGUAUUAUCUACGCAGAGUUCUGUGUACGAUUCUUAGUGGGACCUUCUACCUAGACAUUGUUGUGAACCAACUACUUUACAAUGAUUUUAUUUAGUCUAACAGUUAAACCUUUGUGUCGUAGCUACUGUAGCCUAUGCUUACCUAAGCCUUCUCUCUGCUUCAGGACUCUGUGUAUUGUGUGCUUGAGUUUGUGUGUGUGUGUGUGUGUUCCUGUGCCUUUCCUUCUAUAAUGUUGGUCCCACUUGAGAAUAUGAUGCCAUUUAGGGGUUUAAAACCCAUGUGAAGCUGAGAGAGACGCCAGCACAAGCUGGAAAGUGUUACAUGGUAACGACACACUAAAAAAAAACACUGUAAUGCUCCUAGAAAAGACUCCAGCACAUCCCUAGACUUAGUAGCAUUCCACAGCCUGCCCGAGCAGCUCAGUGUGGGCAUCCAUACACACUUUACCAGCACCAUGUAGACAACAGCACAGAUAUCUGACAAAGCGCAUGUCUCUCUUUCUCUCUGGAGGCCAAUCUGCAACAGUCUCAGGCUGUGCUCUGCUUCUGCUCUUAACAAAAAGUUUUAAGUAUUUCAGAACUCAAGCUCUGUCUAAGUUGAUGUCUACAGUCCAGGGACAAAUCAGCCCCCAGCCCGGGCGGCAGCACUUCCAAAUCGAUCUCAAAGGAUCAGGGGGAUACUUGUGAUGCUGCCGAUAUUUGUCGCCGUCCAGUCCUUUCAGACUGGCACAGCUGGUGGUGAUGGGAACGGGGGGGCUGAUUUGGGCCUGCGUCCAAAAGGCUGUCUUGUCCACCACCUCUGCUGGCCUAGAACACAGAGCCACACCCUGGUCUCUCUCAAUAAGCUGGUCUGUCAGUCAGUGGCAAUGUUGUUUAAGCGUUCGUAAAAAGACGAUACAUUGUUGUGCAAUAAAAAGAUGAGCUCAU